AAGACGCAAAGCAUUGACAAGCAAGCCAUUGUGCUAGCAAUCAGGGUCAGCAAGCCUCCAGGUUCUGCAGGUUGCUAGAAAACAGAUUGUCCACAAUAAGGGGAAUUGGCAUGGCGCCUGAGGUUUUGGAGGACUUUCUGCUCCGGACGCUGCAGCCUCUGUCCGCUGCUGACCCGGAGCUGCUGUCCAAUUAUGUUGCUGCGUUGCUUAAGAACCCGAAGCCGCUGCCGGAGCUGCGCAAGCUGUGCCUGGACCAGCUCUGGGACUUCCUCGCAGACAGCACGCAGGAGUUUGUGGAUGCGCUGUUUGAGGCGAUUGAGGACGGCCGAGUGGAGCUGCCGGCGGGGCAUGUAGCCCUCCAGCCCCACAGCGAACCGCCCUCCACCGAGGAGACCCCCACCCCGGACGACGCGGGCUAUCCAGAGGAGCGGUGGCCCGCUGCAGGCGAUGCAGGCCUGUACGAAGAACAGGAUGCGGAAGCUGAGGGGGGGCAAGCGCAGGAGGGGGAGGGGACGGCGGCAGUGCCGCGGCCGGUGGUGGUGAAGGUGCCGAGCGCGCUCGCGCGGCUGGCGGGGAGGUACGAUGAGAACGAAGACGACGAGAGCGACGAGGAUGAAGGGGGCCGCGGGAACAGGCGUCGCGGCAGGAGCGAGCGCUCGCGCAGCCCCCCAGAGAAGCUGCAAGGGCGGGGGCAGAGGGUGCAGGAGGAAGGAGUGGGGCCGGGGGGCCGAGACGGGUGGAGGGGGAGAGGGGGGGGUAGAAGCAACGGGCGGAUGGAUGGGCCCCUGCACGCAGGGGGGCGAGGCCGGUUUGGGGGACGAGGGGACGAGCGCUUCCGAGGGCGCGGAAUGCCUGAUGGGCCGCGGUGGGACGGGCCUCCUGGUCCCAGGUUUGACCCUGGGCGGGGGCCCAUGCGGCCAGUGGGGGACUGGGGCUCCGUGAAGCCGGAGCCGGGGUUCCCAGGGGGCCGCUUUGAGCGCAGGCCGGACUUUCCCCCGUUUCUAGAGCCGCCAUUUCCGCGGGGCCCUGGCCCGCUGGGGCGGGGCAUGCCGCCGCCUUUAGGUCCCGAGUUUGGCCGCCCGCCAGGGCCUCACGUAGGGCCCCCGCCCUUCUUCGGAGGGCCCGAGCGGUGGGAACCGUUUGACGCGCGCGUGCCUCCUCCCGAGGCGGAGUACGAGAUGCGGAUGCGGCUGAUGCGCGGGCUGGAGCGGCGGCCGGAGGGUGAGGGGCGGCCGCAGAAGUGCCCCGAGUUCUUUGGGGAGCGCGGGUACUGCCUGCGCGGGAGGCUGUGCCCGUACGACCACGGGGAGGACGUGCAGGUGGUGCGCGACGAGCACGCGCUACGCCAGCUCAGCCUGGCCAGGCAGGAGCGCAACGGCGCCGGAGGGGCGGGGCCGCGGCAGGAGAGGCUGGAGGACGACCUGCCGCAGCACGAGUUUGAUGUGCCACAGACGGGGGGGCCGGCGGAGGCCCGCGGGGAGGAUGAGGGGUACGAUCCUGACACGCCGCUGUGGGAGGCGCGGGGGGCGGGCGAGGGCACUCCAGGGCAGUCACGCAGGGGGCCGGAUGCCGGUGCGGAUCGGGAGGCUGGGGCCCCCCGUGUUCGCCCCCGGGGGGUACCUGAAUCCGCAGCGGCAGGGCUUCCGAGCGGGCUGGGGCGCUUUGCCUGGUCAGGAAGGGCGGUUCCCGGGAGGGGGCCCGGAGACAGACGAGAUCCGGAGCGAAGUGGGGGAGAACGACAGGGGCCCAGCGGGCAGAGGCCGGGGCUUUGCGCGAGGGGGCCGGAGGGCGGGGACGAGGGCGAAGGGGGGGGAAGGGGCUGGGGGAGGGGGCCGAUCGGGGAUCAGCCGCAGGCGGAGAAGACCCUGUUCGUGACGGGCAUCCCCGAGGACCAGAACAACGUGAGCCAGCUGCUGGGGCACUUCAAGAAGUUCGGGCACGUGGUGAUCCGCUGCUUCGGCGGGGACAAAGCGCACGUGCUGUUUGACAGCCACGAGGAGGCGGCGAAAGCCCUGGCGGCGCCGGAUGCGCUGCUGGGGAACCGGUUCAUCAAGCUGUUCUGGGCGAGGGAGGAGCUGGACCUGGCCAAAAUGGGGGGUAAGUACGGCACGCGGCCAGCAGCAGAGACGGGCGAAACAGCCAACGACGAUGCCAAGAGCGCAGUGGACGAGAAACUGGUGCCCAAGGCCAACGGCAUCAGCAAGGGGCAGACGUACGUGCGGCCGGGCAGCGAAAAGGGGGCCGCCCCAACGUUGACUGAGGCGCAGCGGGUGGCGGCGGAGAAGGCGGCGCUGGCGCUCAAGAUCAAGCAGCUGGAGGCGACUGUGCUGGAGGCCAAAAUUGCGGAGCAGCGCCGUGCGCUUGCAGAGCUCGAGAAGAAGGCGGGCAAGGUGGCCGCGCAGUCGGACCUGAAGCGGGCCGGCAGCAGCGCGAGCGAGGGCGCCACCCCGCCCCCGGGGAAGAAGGCGAAGGUGGGGCCUGGCAUGGGGUGGGCGGGGCCUGUGGCGGGGGGCUUCAAGAGCCACCUGAAGCUGGACAACCGGUCGACGGUGGUGCACGUGGUGGGGCCGUUGCCGGGCGGCGUGAGCAAGGAGGCGCUGCGCAUGCACUUCUGGCGGUUCGGGGAGGUGGUCACCGUGCAGGUGCCGGACGCGGGCAGCAGGGACGCCGGCGCGGGGGUCGCCGCCAAGGUGGUCUUCCGGCAGCGGCACGACGCAGAGGCCGCGCUGGUGGAGGGGAAAGAGGUGGAGGGGCAGCCGCUGAAGCUGGUGUGGGGGCCGCCCUUCAAGCCGGCCCAGCCCGCACUGUCGCCCAAACCGCAGAGCAGUGGCGCAGCGAGCGGGGCCAGCGCGGGGCGGGCGGGGGGAGCCACGUCCAGUAAAGGGGCCGAGGCUGCUGGUUCUGGCGGGGAGGGCCAUCGAAGUGUAGUGAGCGAGGACGUUGAGGAAGCGCAGCAGGCAGAGGUCGCUGAGAUGAAUGAACAAGCUGCUGGGGAUUAA